UUAUUAUGCCUUUUUACUGGGCUUUUGAAAAGGCUGGGACGGGUCGAAACCCAAGCUUUUCCCUUCCAUCUGUAACCCACUUGUCAGCGCGAAGACGCAACACAACGGCGACGGGCAUGGCUUCGCCGGAGCUCGCCGGCGGCGUCGGCAGCUACGACUUCCACCUCCGCUCGCUCUCCGCGGCCUCCCGGGACUCCGCUGCGGCCGCCGGCCCCGCCUCCGACCCAAACCUCCUCCAAUCCGUGAGGAGGGUGUGCAAGAUGUGCGAGGAGGCGAAGGAGGUGAGGGAUGAGAUGGUGGCGCGGGCGUUCCCGGUGAUGAGCAAGCUGUUCCAGCGCUGCGCCGCGGCGCCGACGCAGUCCGUGGCUUCCACCGGUGUUCUGCUUCUUACCAUUCUGCAGUUCUUCCUGGACUUUGGGGAGGCAGUCCUACACGAUGCUGAUGGUAGCUUGAAAACCUUCUUCCGCUCUUGCUUAAGCAGGGAGUUUGCAGAUCCUGUUGUUGCAGAGCGCACGCUUGAAUUACUUAUAGCAAACAAGACAAAGAUCCUGACCUCUUUUCCCACCUUGAUUCCACAGUUCUAUCCAUUGCUGUUGAAGUUAAUUGCAUCAAAUGGUGCGAGAUUGGAGAAGAAGUUUUCUGAAGUGCUUCCAUUAAUGAUGUCAGCAGGAUCUUUUCUUCCUCUCUUCCUGUCCCUUAUGGAUUUACCAAUGUUGGUGGUGGCAUUGGAAAAGGUGGAAAGAAGUUCUGGAACUCUUAUUGGUAGUAGUAUAGCUACAAUCCAGAAGAGCGCUGCUCCUGAGAUGCUCCUUGCACUGAUGGACGAGGCAUAUACUGGUUCUGCAAUAGAAGAUCCUAGCGGUAAUUCAGGUUCUGAUGAUAGUGGUCCUCUAGACCUUGCUGACCCAAUGUUCCUUGAUCUUCUAAAAGAUGAGAACGAUGGCAUUGCCGCAAAACAUUGGACAUCCCCUACGAUAUCUUCAACAUUACAAGCAGCAAUUAACAGCCCACAAUCGGACAGAUUAAAACAAUCACUGGAAAUGGCACCUCGCUUUCUUACUUUGUAUUUCGCAACAGCAUUGCGGGACGUUAACGACUCGCUCUUGUGUGCUCUGAUUCCAGUAGUUAUGUCAAGAUACGCUGCAAUGUUCCCAGACAAGGUUUUCUCUUUCGAGGUGAGGAGAAGGUUAUCGGAUUUCAUAUUGGCUGCAUUCCAGUGCUCCCCUGACAUCAUUGCAGUACUAAAGAAGCCUAUUACUGACAGACUUGGGGAGGCUCAUGGUAAUCCUGCAAAGACAGAAUUAGCAUUGCACUUGUGCUGGGCCAUUGGUGAGCAUGGAGCUGGAGGAAUAAAUUGCAAAGAUGUAGCUCGUGAACUAUUUGAAAAUUUGGAGUUACUAUUGUAUGAAAACCUGGCAACUAGUCGUUUGGGAUUAAGCCAGGAGCCAGGAUUUGAUUCCAUGGGUUCAUCUUCUAGAAAGUCAUCCCAAGCUAGGCUCCUCUGCUUUGUGGUGACCGCCAUUGCGAAGCUAGCAACAUGCCAUAGUGAGUUGCUUCCAAGAGCCCGUGUAUCAUUGGCUAAGGUUGCUCGUUCCCAAACCUCAGACAGGAGAGUCUGGCAACGAGCCUGUGAUUAUUUAGGGCUCAUGAAUGAACCAGCCAUCUGUUUAUCUGUACUGGGACCAUCCACUGCCCGAGGAAAUGGUCCUGGUAUUGUGAACUGGAGCGAAGGAGGAACAAAGAUGGUAGCUCACAUUCCAUUUUACCUUUUAGCCGAACAAAAAGGUCCACCGUUUCAUGAUUUUUCAUUUGCCGACCUCCUCCCCACGGAAUGAAGAGAAAAUACCUUCAUGGGUACCAUGGGUUCACGCAAUGAUUUCUCUAGCAGAUGCCAUGUGCGUAGAGACCUUUCGUGAUCAUAGCAAUGCCGAAGACCCAAAUUUCACUUUUUUAUCCAGUUCAUUUUCGAUAAAAGGGCUGGUUUAGUUGCUUUGGCAAGUCGUGCUGUUUUAGUUCCAUGGAUUUGAGAGGCACUCAGAAGCACUCGAUUUUGUACACGGAGUGAUUGUACAUCUUACGAAGGGGAAGCAGUGUGGUAAAUGUAUAUCUCUGACUUUAUACACCUUCUAAAGGAUGAGUUGUUAGAAA